UUCUACACUCCACUCUCGCGGCACACAGGGUGUUAAUUCCUCUGCAGUGUUGCAGGGGCGGCACGCAGAGUGUUAAUUGUUCUGCAAUGUGCAGGGUGACUGAGAUAUGGUUUGGCUUCAGCUGAUGUUCUGUCAGCAGGGGAGGAGGGCACCACCAGCUAGAGUGGAAUGGGAGUCACGUGACGCUCUCUCUCUCUCUCACUGAAAAAGAUCUUGCAGAAGUGAAUGCUCUUCCAAUGGCAAUGCAGGGCUGCAGAGCAGGAUAAGGCAUUGCACAGCACUCGCAGUCAACAUCGUGGCAGUCUAAAAAAAAAACAGAGAGGGAGCAAGCACCAUGUCUCAGAGGUGGUUUGACCGGGUGAGGGUGCCUGAUACUGCACCCACUGGAAUGCACAGAGCAAUGUUGGUAAAGUCUGCGUCCAUGUACUCUGAGAUUCAGAGGGAAUCGCCCGACAUCGGAAGUAUAUUGGCACAUCCCGAUUACUUGGAAGGAAACCCGGAGCUUAUCAAGCCCAAAAAACUAGUUAAUCCAGUAAAAGCAUCGAGAAGUCAUCAGGAGCUCCAUCGAGAACUGCUAAUGAACCACAGAAGAGGUUUGGGGAUUGACACAAAGCCAGAGUUGCAGCGAGUCCUGGAACAUCGGAAGAGAGACAAAAUCAUUCAACAGAAGAAAGAAGAGGAAGAGAUUAAGAAGCUGCAAUCUCCAUUUGAACAGGAGCUUUUAAAGAGGCAACAGCGGCUUGACCAGCUUGAAAAAGAACAAGAAGCUGUUAAAGAAGAUGGACACGCCCCAGAAUUUAUUAAAGUUAAAGAGAACCUGAGGAGAACAGCCACCUUACAAGAGAGAGUGGAGUAGACUCUGCCACGCCUGUAUUAACAUAUCCCUUUACCAAGCAGGCUUUCUUCACUGUACUCGUUUAACGUUACAGCUAUGUCUUCUGGUGGAUGUAUACUAAUCACAUGUACUCUGGCAGGAAUCCAAUUCCUGGGUUUGUGCUCCAUAAGGAUGCUUUAACAUUUCCUUAUCGCAGCGUUAGUACAAGAUGCUUACUUUUAGCGCCAAGUGGAAUAACCUGUUUCGUUAAAUGGAUCAUUGGAUUUGUCGCAGAUUGUGGUAUCUUUGUCAUAAUGGACUGUUUACAGCAGACCUUACAAGCCAUGUGGUGUGCAUAUGCUUUUUAUAUGUCCCAAAUGAAAGGUCAAACAAGCCUUCUUGUAGGAACCAAUUAAAAUUAUCCUGCAGAAGAGAAGUAGAUGCAACCUAAUGAAGAUGCAGCGUGCAUCCACACGUUUAGAGGAAGAUAAAUGGACUGGAGCAAUGUAUACAGCUAUUUUUUAAUAGCCCGUUAUGAAUAUGAACUGGUGUUACGUAAAAGUGCAAAAAGAACUACUGAUAUUGAGUCUACUACAUGGUGUGUGAUCACCAUCACCAUACAUGUGUGAAGAUAGCUAGCAUGUGUGAUGAGUUUCUUCAGUCUGUUGGUCUUCCUUUGCCAUAAGGCUGCCAAUUCGGAUCAAAAAUCUAACUAUCACAUUUUAAACUUAGCUGAUCAGAACUUCACUAAGAAUACAUUCUACCCUGGAGUCUUAAAGUCCUAUUUAACAGCUAAGUGGUCUUCAGUUGUAACUAUGUCCUCAAGGGUGGCCAGGUCGCCUGCUUUUAAACUCGGUUUUAUUUUUUUAAGGGACAGUUAUGCAUUGAGCUAAAUUAGUCUCUAAACACAUAAAAAAACGUAUAGCGGCUCCUCACAAAAAUACUGUUUUAAAGAUUAUUUUCUUAAUGACUUUCUCUGCAACAGUUUAUCUAUGGUAGAAGACAUUUACACACUUCACUUUCUGAAAAGUUAAUUCCUGGUUUCUUCCCAUCAUAAUUCUUUAUAAAGUAAACAUAAAGAGACUUAGGGAUAAAAUAGAGGUUAACAAUCAUGGGGAGGACUCCAUCGAGGUCAUUCAACUCAUAUUUGAGAUUUUUAUGAUGGGCAGACAUUUGAGGGUGAUAAACUAGUUGGAUCUGUAGAAGUAAUUAUAUUUCUCUAAUGGAACUUCAGUAGAAAACCUAUGUUGUAUUUGACUUCAGAAAAAAAUCUCUAAAGAGAACAACUUCUGGGGCACAAUUUGUAGCCAAUGUCCAAAUGUGAAUUGUAUUAACCAGUUAUAUAAAAUUACACUUCAUAACAGUUCAGGCAUGUCACACUCACAAAAUGUGGUAUUAUCAACUCACACACAAAUACAUAUACACUCACAGCCAUCAUGAUUUUUUUUUAUUUAUCUUAAUUCAUUAUUAAGAAAUAGAGAUGUACACGUAUAUAUCGAAUAUAACAUUUAUUUGAAUGAUGUAAGCAUUAGACCAAUUAACAUACUAUGUAAUGUAGGCCUAGACAGGUCAUUGGGCACACAGGACCUGUGUCAAGUGGUCUUGACUGAUGGCCAACUGGGGAGAUAAAUGGAUCUACCCAGCUGGCCCUGUGAAGUAGUCAACAUGCAGUCUCCGGCUUGCACACCAGCGAGCCAGUUGCAGUUUCCUACUGUCCAUGUUGCUGCUGCUUUUUGGGCACGAUCAGAGGGAGUCAUAGAUGCCUCUGCUGCUUGCUUCAUGGCGCUCUGAUUAUUCAGUUUGAAACAGGAAGCAGCACAGGUCUCUGUAAUUCCCACACAUUAUUAUUAUGCAGCAACAAAGACUUCUAGUAAGAUAAUGUAUGUUCACGGUUAUACAUUUAUUUACUACCUAUAUUUAGAGCGCAUGCUUUCAAGAUCUCCUUCACGCACGAAUAUUAUAAAAUCAACAAGGGAUACUCGGGUCUUGAGAAUCUGCGCUCAUAUGAAAGCGUAAAAAAUUGCUGUAAAAUGGAACUCCUUACAAAAUAAAGAAAUGGGAUAUUUCUUUUUUGCACCUUAAAAAAAAAAAAAAUACAGAACAACCUAUGUAAUUGCACUAAAAUGAAAAUAAUGAGUGAAAAUUAACAUAAAUCUUCAUAUAUCAAGAAAAAAACAUUUUAAAAGAGCUCCACCGUAUUUAUCUUUCAUGCAUCAUGAAAUAACAUGUUAAAAGAACGUCACCAUAUUUAUUUAGCAAUGACAUUAGCCAACAUAAUAAAAUAGUUCUAUUUUGUUAAGUUUAUGUGCAGUUACGAAAUGUAUUUGUGACUUGCUAGUCCAUGCUUUCUUAACUAUAGUUACCCACCUUAACCAUAGUUCCCCAACCUUACUCUACUUACCUCCUUUUUAUUUGUAGUUAACAUGGUUCCACAAUACUGGUAUCACGAUCUAGUUGUGUCAAUUCAAAAUUUGUUUUGAUCAACCAAUUCGUGGGUCAAGCAGGAUUGUUUGCACCCAUGCAAAUUCUAUUGAUCUGAAAGUCUCAUCUAUGAAUUCGUUUUUUCAUAUAUACAAUAUAACCCAUUUGAAAAAUUACCAUCAUUUGCUUGUUAACCAAGAGUUAUGUUUUUCAUCAGACAUCCUAAAUGAUUACUUGGCGCUGAAAAAUACAUUCCUGUUUAAUUAUAGGUUUAGGAGUAUCUGUAAUAUUUUUCAGAGUUAGUAUGUUCACUGCAGGACAUUACAUUAUGUAACCUACCAAAGUAUAUGACAAUAGGAAAAAAAUAAAAGCACUUAGGGAAACCGUUCAAAAGGUAAACCCUAAAUGACCAGGAGU